UAUGAGUUCUCUAUUUGUCAAAUGUAUGACAUGUAAUUAAAAACCUGCCACCAUUAAGUGUUCAGAAUGUCAACCUGGAUAUAUAUAUCGUAUAUGUUAUUCUUGUGAUACACAAGUUCAUAACAAAAGAGGUCCUAUUGAUUGUCAACAUAAAACAGAAAUCAUACCAUAUCAAGGUAUUCCUUAAUAUAAAAUCAAAUAGAAAUGUAUCUAAAAUGUUAAUCAGCUGCAGGUAUUCGAGACAAAUAAACAUAAGUAAAAUCUAUAAAAAUUUUAAUUGUUAGAGCAAACCUGAAUUAAAAUAAAAGCCUAAAUAAUCAUAAUUACAAUAUCAAUAGCCAUAAGUAUCUAAUUCAAUUUAAUAAUUUACAACUACUCAAAAAGCAGGGAGAACUGAUUAGGAUACUAAGAAUUUAUAAUAAAAUAAACCUUUUUCUAUUUAAAACAAAGAAGUGUCUAAAAUUGAAUAAUAAUAAUAGAAUAAAUCUGAAUUACAAUAAUAACAAACAAAAAUUAAAAGUAAUUAUGUUGGAAAAUAAGAAAAUUAAGAAAUAAAUUCUGUAAUUUAUUAUUUAAGUUUAUAGGAUUAGACUAAUGAAUUGAAUGAAUAAAUUAAAAAAGAAAAGGAUUCCAAUCAAAAAUUGAAAAGUGAAUUGUAAUAAACAAAAGAUUAACUUUAAAAUAUAAAUAAAGAAGUGGAAAAAAGAAUGUAUUAAUUGAAUUAUAUAUAUAAUUAGAUAAUAAAAUCAAAAAGAAUUAGAAAAAAAGAUUAGUGAAUUAAAGAAAGAAUAUGCUGAAGAUAAAAGAAAAACAGAAUAAUUAUCUGAAGAUGUAUAUACUAAAAAUAUUUGCACAAGGUUAAAAAUUUAAAAGAACAAUUAAAAUCAACUGAUUAAUAGGCAACUAAGAAAUUAGAUUAACAAAAGAAAUAGUACGAACAAUAGUUGAAGUAAUUAGAAUAGGUAGCAUAAGAAAAAUAAGAUUAAAUUGAAGAAAUAACAUAAGAAUUUUAGAAUUAUAAUUUUGAAGACAUUUAAGCUAAAAUGGAAGAAAUGGACAAUGACAAUAAUUAGAGAGAUUAAUUAAUAGAGGAAUUGUAAAAUUAAUUAUAAGAAUAAAAUUAAGGAGGAGAAAAAAAUGAUGGUUAAGUAGCAGAAAGUGAAGAAUUAAAAAUUUAAUUGGAAUAAAAAGAUUAAGAAAUAGAAAAAUUAGAAGAAUUAAUAGAAAAUUUUAAAUAGUUAUAUUAACAUAUGUUAGAUGAAAAACAAGUUUUAGUUGAUGAAAAUGAAAAGCUUGUUAGUGAGAAUAAUUAAUUUAGAGAAUUAUUUAGUGUAAAUAUGAUAAAUAUUUAGUAAAAUUUACAUCUAUUUGGAAUUGAUCCAAAUGAUUUAGAAGCUGGUGAUGAAGAUGAAACUGGAGCAGAAGCAGAAGCUGAAGCAGAAGAUUAUCGUUAACAUGAAGAUGAUGAGGGUUGAG